CAAAUGGUUAGAGCUAUCAGGAUGAAAGGCAGUCCUAAGGUCUCUUGUGGUAAGGAACAGACUCAGUUUUCCUUUGGGACAGUUGAGACUGGUCGAAUCCCACCCACUUACUGUAUACACACUUUGGAUUUUUCCAUAGUCUUCACUUUUGUGUCUAAUGGCAGGCAAUGACACGAAAGACCCUCCUCCUCCAUACAGCUCUGUGGAUCCACAGCCCCCUCUUAUGACCUAUGAACAGGUGAUUCAUGACAUCAACAAUGACGUCACCCAUAAAACUGUGCCAUACUAUGUUCAAAAGGAGCCAUUGAAACUAGAAGCCAUCGUUGUUACACAGCACACUGUGUUGGAAGGCAAGAACAAGAGUCAGGGGGGCUGCAGCCAGAAAACCAAAUGUUUAGUUGGAUGGUUAGUAGCCCUUUUGUUGCUUGCUGGCAUUGGAUUGGCCAUUGGGCUUGGAGUGCGAUAUGGACCCAGACAGGACCCAGAUGACCACCAUCAAAGUGAUGGCAAUAAUAACAAUCAAAUUGCCGGUCACAAUGAUGAUGACAAUCACGGUGGAGACAGCAGUCACAACGAUGAUGACGAUCAUGACGACAAGAGUCACUUUGCUGAAAUCUGCUCUAACUCCAGUCUGAAAUGUGACGGCAUCCAAAACUGCCAACAGCCCAAUGAUGAGACCGACUGUGUAAGAUUUGGUGCAGGGGGAGUUCUGCAGGUCAAAACUGCUGAGGAAGGACAAUUCCUCCCUGUGUGCUAUCAGGGUUUGGAUAAAAGUUAUGCUGAUCAGAUCUGUGCCCAGCUGGGUUUCAGAAGCUCUUAUUCAUCCAGUCCAGUGGAAGGUUACACUUCUAAAGGGCUAACUUUAGAACCAAUAGCAGGCAAGCUUAUACAGGCUCUGGUCAACGUCAGCUCAAGCUGUCCGAAUGAGAAAGCUGUCUCGCUCCAGUGCACCGAUUGUGGCAAGCAGCAGAUUGCCUCCAGGAUUAUAGGGGGCAGUGUCUCUAAUCCUGGCCAGUGGCCUUGGCAGGUCAGCCUGCAUUUUGAAGGCCAACAUGUUUGUGGUGGAACCCUCAUCUCUCCAGACUUUGUGGUGUCAGCUGCCCAUUGCUUCCAAGGCGCAAUGAAAAAUCCUGUAAGCUGGCUUGUAUAUCCUGGAGCUAUUUCCCAGCUUAACCUUCCGACCACCUACCUUGUGAAGACGAUUACAGUGCAUGAGAAUUACAAUCGUGAUAGUAAUGACUAUGACAUUGCAUUACUGAAACUCACCAGGCCUGUGGACUUCUCCACUACUGUGCAGCCAAUUUGUCUUCCUACAUUUGACCAGAUCUUUUCUGGAAAUCAAGAGUGCUGGACAUCUGGCUUUGGCACAACAAAAGAGGGGGCAGCUCAUGCCUCUUCAAAUCUCAUGGGUGUGAAGGUGAAUAUCAUUGACACGAAUUUUUGCAACAGCACCAGUGUGUAUGAAGGGGCCAUCUCCAACAACAUGAUAUGUGCUGGUGAUCUGAAUGGGGGUCGGGACUCCUGUCAGGGGGACAGUGGAGGUCCAUUGGUGUGCAAGGCACAAAAUCAGCAAUGGUAUCUGUCAGGGAUUACGAGUUGGGGAGCAGGCUGUGGAGAAAAGAAUAGACCAGGAGUAUAUAGCAGAAUGACCAGCCUUCUAUCCUGGACCUCUAGCACCAUGCAGGAAGAGAAACCCUGAUGCCUCUCGUGCAUCGUGUGUCCUUCUUUGAGCUUUUGAACAAGAAGAGAGGACACACAGAAUUACACAUUUAAAGCUACACGGUGGAAUGAAGAAUAUACUAAUGCACUUUGACUUGGGACAGUAGUGCAAUACUGUAGCCAUAAUCGAUGCCAACAAUUGUCGUAAAAAUAUCUAAAAACAAGCAACCUGGGAUGGCAAAGCUGCAGGCAAAGAUGGACCUGUGGCUAUAUUUUUCCUAUAAACUACCUUUUCUUUGCAUUUAUAUGGCAAAUUUACUAUGCAUACAGUCAAAUCUGAGCCUUCACUCUUUAAAUGAACAGGAUACUUGCACUGAUUUUUUACAACACAUGUUUAUUAAGUAUUGUUUUUGAAUCUUAUGCACUCUUCUACAAAUCUGUAUUUAAUAACUGAAGGGGUGUUAAUUUUAUUUUUUUAAACUGGUGUCUAUAAACUACAAUGAAAUGGAUUUAUAUGAAGAAUCUUAAAGGGAUAGUUCACUAAAAAUUAAAAAUGUGUCAUUAUUUACUCACGUUCAUGUCAUUUGAACCCCUAAUAUAUAUAUAUAUAUAUA